AUGAACAUCAUAAAAAACCCAUUCUACUCUGGGCGUCUAUCACCCGACCGCCCUGAAUCACCACCACAACAAUUCGAGAGCCACAGAGAGGCGAAGAAUCGUACCAAAACCGGGGCUCCAAUCCAGAUCCUUUUGGGGCCGGGACCGACCAUUUUUUCUUCUACCAUCAAGCGUUUGGACGCCUUUGCACCCAAAUACCGCCAGUACCUAUCCACCGACCGCCAUCAAGUCAAAUUGCCGGACAUCAAUCCAGCAGUCUGGGAUGUUUUCCAAGAAUGGAUAACGCAAAAACGGAUCAGUAUCAGCGAAAAUUUAGCCGAAGACUUCUACAAGUAUGGGGCUAAGAAACCGAGCAACGAGCAUGAGGCUUCACAGCGACAAUGUGUCAUUCUAUGCAGCACUUGGGUCCUCUGCAUCAAACUCGACAUCCAGUUUGACAUGAGUCAGGACAUCUAUAGCGCGCUGAAGCACCUGUUCAAAAAGGUGUCUCAGCGAGAGCCAACUCUAGACGUUCUGAUACCAGAAUGCUUCCAGCUCAUCCAUAGCAACCUUCGUGAAGACCUUCCUAACUAUGCGGAUGAACCGAUCUGGAAACUCUUACAAAGCCAACUGAUGUUUGAGCUAUCCUUACCAAAUCCGCCCGUUGAAGUCCUUCUGCAGCUCUAUCAGCCUUGCCUGCAUCAAAUCCCCCAUUUGGAGCGCUAUAUUCUAACGCAGUUCAUCAAUAGUUAUCGAGAAGCGGCGAAAGACGUUGAUAUGACUCAGAGCUUUCGCCACCUUAGGAAUCGAACCCAAGCAGGAGUGCCACAACUGGCACUGACGCCUGCCCCAGUACAAGGACCGGAAAGCUUUCAAUUCAAUCCCCAACAGGUGUCUUUCGCCACUACUAUAGCAUCAUUUGACGACCAACUCACCCACGAGAGUGACCAACUCACCCACGAGAGUGACCAGCUCACCCACGAAAGUGACCAACUCACCCACGUGAGUGCGUCUGAAGGAGGGGAAGAAGACGAAGUCAUGACAGAACCUCCACAAGAAGAAGAUCGCCAUGAAAGCGAGGCCCCGUUAACUGGUGUCAGUGCUCCGUCUAGUUUUCAAAUUCCUUCUACUUCGGUACCCAAUGAUGCAAGUCCCCAUAGCAAUACGGUCACUAAUCCGGCACUUCCUGUGACACCCGCUGUGUCUGGAGCUCUAGAUCCAGUAAGCGAUAGCCGUGGGGGUGGUCGUGGCGGUGGCCGUAAAGGUGGCCGUCGUCGGAAAGGGAACUGA